CCGCCAGGGCUCCGCUCCGCAGCUCGUGUACCACAUUCGAGGGGGGGAGAGGCAGAGGGGAAAAGCGCGCCGGCUCUCUCGCUCUCGCUUCGCCUUCACGCAGGCAGCGCCGCGCUCAGGGGCGUGUGCCUCUGCGGGGCUGCCUCGCCUCGCCUCCAGUUGAGUCCCCGCGGCCGGAGUUGGGAAGAAGGAUGCUGCCGGAGCCGGAGGCGCUUCCCCCCGUCCUCCCGCCUCUGCCAUCUCCAGCUCCCUCAGACUUCUUGGCCAGACUAUGAAAUGACCAUUCCUGCUCACCUCGCAGCAGCAGCAGCUCCCGCCGCCCGGACCCCGCUCUUGCCGCUCGCGCUUGGGGCGAAAGGGCGCCCGUCCUGCCUGAGGAGCAGCCCCAGCUGGGUCUACCGGCCAAGUCAAGGCGGCUGAGGGAAGAGAGUCGGCGAGGCUGGCGGGCGAAGCCCGUUUCGGAGUGGCUGCUUCUCCGUCCACCUCAGACCCGCGCGCGCCCCUCUGUGCCCAAGUGUGCCGCCUGCCUGAAGGCGCUGCUGCUGCCGCCGCGCGCGCUUCCUCUCCUGAGGCGAAGCGAGGCAGCGCCUCUCUCUGAAGUCUCGGGCCACUUCGCCAACUGCUCCCGCUCCGCUUCGCCCUCAGGAAAAGUCGCGAGGGCGGCGGCGCUUCCAGGUGGGCCCGUGGCCGACGCAGCAGCCCAUCAGCGCGGAGAAAGUAGGGGCGGGAGGGUGGGCUUGGGGCACCGGCGAGCUGGACUUCGGCUUUGGGGUUUGGCUGCUUCCCCCAGCAGCAGCAGCAGCAGCAGCAGCCAUGGCGAAAGGGCUGGAAGCCGCCGCCGCCGCCCGCUACGGACUGGGACUGGGAUACUUACUGCAAAUGCUCGUGCUGCCCGCCUUGGCCAUCCUGAGCGCCAGCAGCCCCGGCUCCGCCGCGCAAGAUGAUGACUUUUUUCAUGAGCUCCCAGAAACCUUCCCUUCGGAUCCUCCAGAGCCACUUCCUCACUUCCUCAUUGAGCCUGAAGAGGCCUACAUCGUGAAGAACAAACCUGUGAACCUGUACUGUAAAGCUAGCCCUGCCACCCAGAUCUACUUCAAAUGCAACAGUGAAUGGGUCCACCAGAAAGACCAUGUGGUAGAUGAAAGAGUUGAUGAAACAUCUGGACUCAUUGUUCGAGAAGUCAGCAUUGAGAUUUCCCGCCAGCAAGUUGAAGAACUCUUCGGGCCAGAAGAUUACUGGUGCCAGUGUGUGGCUUGGAGCUCAGCAGGUACUACGAAGAGCCGGAAGGCCUACGUUCGUAUCGCAUAUCUGCGGAAGACUUUUGAGCAGGAGCCACUUGGGAAGGAAGUAUCUUUGGAACAGGAAGUCCUUCUCCAGUGCCGGCCACCUGAAGGAAUCCCAGUUGCCGAGGUAGAGUGGCUGAAAAAUGAAGAGGUGAUUGAUCCCGUUGAAGACCGGAAUUUUUACAUCACUAUUGACCACAACCUGAUCAUAAAGCAGGCACGCCUCUCUGACACAGCCAAUUAUACUUGUGUUGCCAAAAACAUUGUGGCCAAGAGGAAGAGCACGACUGCUGCUGUCAUUGUCUAUGUCAAUGGAGGAUGGUCAACCUGGACCGAGUGGUCUGUCUGCAACAGCCGUUGUGGAAAAGGCUCCCAGAAGCGCACAAGAACCUGUACCAACCCUGCUCCACUCAAUGGAGGUGCCUUCUGUGAAGGCCAAAGUUUGCAGAAAAUAGCUUGUACCACAUUGUGUCCAGUAGAUGGAAGGUGGACACCAUGGAGUAAAUGGUCUACCUGCGGAACAGAGUGUACCCACUGGCGCAGGAGGGAAUGCAUGGCCCCAGCACCAAAGAAUGGGGGGAAAGACUGUGAAGGCCUUGUCUUACAGUCCAAGAACUGCACAGAUGGUCUGUGUAUGCAGAGUUUCAUUUACCCUAUUUCAACCGAACAGAGAACCCAGAAUGAAUAUGGAUUGUCUUCUGCUCCUGAUUCAGAUGACGUAGCUCUCUAUGUCGGGAUUGUGAUAGCCGUGAUCGUGUGCCUGGCUAUUUCAGUGAUCGUCGCAUUAUUCAUCUACAGGAAGAACCACCGGGACUUUGAGUCAGACAUUAUAGACUCCUCAGCGCUAAAUGGUGGAUUUCAGCCUGUUAAUAUCAAAGCUGCGAGGCAAGACCUCCUAGCUGUGCCUCCAGACCUCACUUCUGCUGCAGCCAUGUACAGAGGCCCCGUCUACGCUUUGCAUGAUGUGUCAGAUAAAAUACCAAUGACCAACUCACCCAUUCUUGAUCCACUUCCCAACUUGAAGAUCAAGGUGUACAACAAUUCGGGUGCAGUCACUCCACAGGAUGAGCUGUCCGACUUUUCGUCCAAACUCUCCCCACAGAUCACUCAAUCCUUGCUGGAUAACGAAGCAUUAAACAUUAAAAAUCAGAGUCUUGCACGGCAGACAGACCCAUCAUGCACUGCUUUUAGCACCUUCAACUCUCUUGGAGGUCAUCUGAUUGUACCAAAUUCAGGAGUAAGUUUGCUGAUUCCUGCAGGGGCCGUUCCCCAGGGGAGAGUCUAUGAAAUGUAUGUGACAGUUCACCGAAAAGAAAACAUGAGGCCACCAGUAGAAGACAGCCAAACUCUUUUGACCCCUGUGGUGAGCUGUGGACCUCCAGGAGCACUGCUGACCCGCCCUGUCAUUCUGACAAUGCACCACUGUGCGGAACCAAACACGGAAGACUGGAAGAUCCAGCUGAAGAACCAAACUGCCCAGGGACAGUGGGAGGAUGUGGUAGCAGUUGGAGAAGAAAACUUCACCACCCCAUGCUACAUUCAGUUGGAUCCAGAGGCCUGCCAUAUCCUGACAGAAACUCUCAGCACCUACGCCUUGGUAGGGCAGUCGAUCACCAAAGCAGCUGCCAAGCGUCUCAAGCUGGCCAUCUUUGGACCACUGAUCUGCUCAUCCUUGGAAUAUAAUAUCCGUGUCUACUGCCUGGAUGACACACAAGAUGCUCUUAAGGAGGUGCUACAGCUGGAGCGGCAAAUGGGUGGACAGCUGCUAGAAGAACCAAAGGAUUUGCAUUUUAAGGGUAGCACUCAUAACCUCCGCUUAUCCAUUCAUGAUAUCACCCAUUCCCUCUGGAAAAGCAAGCUGCUGGCUAAGUACCAGGAAAUUCCCUUUUACCAUAUCUGGAGUGGAUGUCAAAGAAACCUGCAUUGUACCUUCACCUUGGAAAGGUUCAGUCUGAACACACUGGAGCUGGUGUGCAAACUUUGCAUACGGCAGGUUGAAGGAGAAGGGCAGAUAUUCCAGCUCAACUGUUCAGUAUCAGAGGAACCUACUGGCAUUGAAUAUCCACUCAUGGACCCAGCAAACACCAUCACCACCGUAGUAGGACCUUGUGCAUUCAGUAUCCCCCUCCCAAUCCGACAGAAGCUUUGCAGCAGCCUAGAUGCGCCUCAGACAAGAGGUCAUGACUGGAGGAUGCUGGCCCACAAACUGAAAUUGGACAGGUACCUCAAUUAUUUUGCUACAAAAUCAAGUCCCACCGGUGUGAUCUUAGACCUUUGGGAAGCUCAGAAUUUCCCUGAUGGAAACCUGAGCAUGCUGGCCACAGUUCUGGAAGAGAUGGGAAGACACGAGACAUUCGUUUCACUGGCACCAGAAGGAAAGUACUGAGGCAACCUUAGGAGGAGAAGGAAGGAAUGUUAACCACGUCGGCUGUGACUAACUCAAACCGAGCACCCCAGACCAAUGCGUUCCAGUGCAAGAGGCAUUCCAGAGUGGGGGGAAAGACACAAAAUCCUGACUUUUCACAUGCAUUCUCCUUGUACAUUAUCACAGGAUUUAAAAGAAAUCUCACAAAGUUGUUACCUUGAUAAUAUAAUUCAGUCUAACAUUCCUCUCAGCUUGGCUGUACACUGCUUGGUACAGGAUUUUACAGUUUCCUAGGAAACGCUUUUUAUUGCUAUCCAGAUAUAUGGAUAAACUUUCUUAACAAUCCCAGUUUCUAUGAACAUUGUUUACAUCAAAUCCUGGGCAGCGGGAUGGAAAGGACUGUCCAUGGCUCUCUUUUAUAUAUAUCUAUAUUUUCUUCUUCUUUUGUUGAAAGCCAUUCUAGACCAAGCCAUGGACAAAGCAGGGUUGUGGCUAUUUCCAGAUAAGUCAGUUCCUCACACCCAUCUCAAAUGCAUUUCAUGGUUGCAAAUCUGUCCAUCAGAUGUCUUAAGAUAAUCCGUCACCAGACUGCUUUCUGGAUUGAGUUGUUAAGCCAGAGUUUUAAAUUUGUGCAUCUGGCAAGGAGAUAAUGUAGAUUCUGAGCAGGAAUGCAAGGACCUCUCCCUACCUUCCCCAGGGAUGCCUGUGCCCCUUGGUGACUUAAACUGCAGGGAUCUUCUCUCCCAGCUCACAGUGUCCCCUGCCUCCAUCAUCAAAGUGUGGGUGUGUGGGUGUAUGUGAUAUGCAAUUUGGCGUGGUUUGGGGAGAGAGAGAGAAACCCUACCAAAAAGGGGGGGAAAGAAAAAAAGAAUUUGCUUGUAUGGUUAUUUACUGAAUAGUAUCUAGUGCAAGGAAUAUUAUAUUUCUUAUUAUUACUACUAUUAUUUUUGCUUUCCAGAUUUAUCCACAGCAUUAAUCAUUUGAGCAAUGGCAGCACCCACCCUGGAAGCUGUAUGUGGCUGCCAAGGGUCUUCUAAUCCCUUCUAAUGGGAGCUUUCAUCCUCUCUCUGUCCUUUUCUAGCUCUGUGGUUCCCCUCAAAACCAGCUCCAGUGAGCUGUUGAAUGGGUUGCUAUCAAACUGCAAGCCUUUCGCGCUGCAAACUUGCCUUUUCCAUGUGGAUUGUAAUGCAUUCAUAUUUAUAACAGAGGCCAACUUAUGUGGACCAUUUCGCGCAAAUGAGAUAUUUCACAUGCAAGAAACACUGCAAGUUAAUCUGCCCUUACUCAUUUCAAGACGUUCUCUAGCGGUGUUGAUGCUGGCUUCUCUUUCUGUUUGCCAUAAACCAAAGUAUCGUGCAAGUCAAGGGGGACUGGGUGAAUUUGCAGUUUAACUGACCAAUCCUAGGCGUAUCACCACUUUAACAAUAUUGGCUUCAUAUUCCUAUGUUAAUAGAGGAGUCCUUGCAGUUAUUGGUCUCAAUCCAAAGAUGCAUUUUAUUUUAUUUUU